UAUGGAUGAUUUUGUCGCUCGUGACCAGCGGCCUAGACAACCUCGGGAAAACUAACCUCUUCUAGAAUCUAGAGUUCUAGUUCUCGCGCGGAGGGCACCAAAUCACCACUGUUAAGCUCAGCUCUCCAACUCUUCCUUCUCUGCGGAGUCGAUAAAAUUGGAGAGGAGAGAGAGAAAGAUUUGAUGAACUAGGGUUUCGAUUUCUGAAGCAAUCAUACCAAUUCAUUAAUGGCGUCCGUAUACAUUCCAGUCCAGAACUCCGAGGAGGAAGUUCGAGUUUCUCUCGAUCAAUUGCCUCGCGAUGCCACUGACAUUCUUGAUAUCCUUAAGGCCGAACAAGCUCCACUCGACCUCUGGCUCGUCAUUGCGAGGGAGUACUUUAAGCAAGGGAAGGUUGAGCAAUUUUGUCAAAUUUUGGAAGAAGGUUCAAGCCCAGAAAUCGAUGAGUAUUAUGCUGAUGUGAAGUAUGAAAGGAUUGCCAUUCUAAAUGCGUUGGGCGCUUAUUAUAGCUAUAUCGGAAAAAUAGAGACGGGUGCUAAGGAGAAGGAUAACUAUUUUGCUAAAGCAACUCAGUACUACAAUAGGGCGUCAAGAAUUGACAUGCAUGAAUCUUCUACUUGGGUUGGCAAAGGUCAGCUUUUACUUGCUAAGGGUGAUGUAGAGCAAGCAUAUAAUACAUUCAAGAUUGUACUUGAUGGUGAUCCCGAUAAUGUUCCUGCUCUUCUCGGACAGGCAUCUGUGCAGUUUAAUCGUGCACGUUAUUCCGAAUCCUUGGAAUUGUACAAGAGAGCCUUGAGAGUGUAUCCUGAUUGUCCUGGAGCUGUCAGACUAGGCAUAGGUUUAUGUCGAUACAAGUUGGGUCACUUUGAAAGGGCCCGCCAGGCUUUUGAGCGUGUAUUGCAGUUAGAUCCAGAAAAUGUUGAAGCUCUUGUGGCUCUUGGGGUUAUGGAUUUGCAUGCAAAUGAUGCUACUGGAAUUAGAAGGGGAAUGGAAAGAAUGCUGGUUGCAUUUGAGAUAUAUCCAUAUAAUGCAUUGUCAUUGAAUUAUCUGGCGAAUCACUUCUUUUUCACUGGUCAACAUUUUUUAGUGGAGCAAUUGACAGAAACUGCCUUGGCUGUUACAAAUCAUGGACCAACUAAGGCCCACUCGUACUACAACUUGGCCCGAUCUUAUCACAGCAAGGGAGAUUAUGAAAAAGCAGGGCGAUACUACAUGGCCUCUGUUAAGGAAAGCAGCAAGCCUCAGGAAUUUGUGUUGCCAUAUUAUGGUUUGGGCCAAGUACAGCUCAAACUGGGAGACUACAGAAGUUCCCUUGCCAACUUUGAAAAGGUUUUAGAAGUCUAUCCUGAGAACUGCGAAACACUGAAGUCGCUUGGCCACAUUUAUGCUUUGCUUCACCAGACAGACAAAGCUUUGGAGGUUUUAAGGAAAGUUACUAGAAUCGAUCCACGUGAUGCUCAGGCGUUUUUAGAUCUGGGCGAAAUUUUGAUCUCAUCUGAUACCGGAGCCGCUCUAGAAGCCUACAGAACUGCGCGCAUUCUUCUAAGGAAAGUGGGGGAAGAUGUACCAAUAGAUCUUCUCAACAACAUUGGGGUUAUUCAUUUUGAGAGAGGAGAAUUUGAGCUUGCAGAGCAAACUUUCAAGGAUGCUCUGGGUAGUGGUGUAUGGCUUUCACUGAUCAAUGGGAAAGAAAACAAUUAUGUUGUGGAUGCGGUCACAGCUUUGCUUCAGUACAAGGACGUGAAUAUAUUUCAUCGUCUCGAGGAAGAAGGCGGCAAUGUGGAUCUACUACCAUGGAGCAAAGUUUCAACAAUCUUUAACCUGGCCCGGUUACUCGAAGAGUCGCAUAAAAUUCUAAGCGCAAUUUUAUUGUAUCGCUUGAUUUUAUACAAGUAUCCAGAGUAUGUAGAUGCUCUUCUAAGACUUGCUUCCAUAGCAAAGGCCCGCAGCAACAUUCAGUUGAGCAUUGAAUUGGUUGGUGAAGCACUAAAGGUCAAUGAUAAGUGUCCCGGUGCUCUUGCUAUUCUAGGAUGCUUGGAACUGAAGAAUGAUGAAUGGGUUAAGGCUAAGGAGACUUUCCGAGCGGCUAGUGAGGCUGCUGAUGGAAAAGAUUUUUACGCAUCUGUUUGUCUGGGAAAUUGGAACUACUUUGCGGCACUCGUAAGUGAGUUGAAGAAACAGGUCAAACACAUUCCCGUCCAUCUGGAGAAAGCAAAGGACAUUUACUCAAAUGUCUUGAAGAAGUGCCCUGCUAAUCUGUAUGCUGCCAACGGACUGGGAAUGAUUCUAGCAGAGAAGGGGCAAUUUGAUGUUUCCAAAGAAAUAUUUACACAGGUCCAAGAAGCUGGGAGUGGAACAAUUUUCUCUCAGAUUCCAGAUGUUUGGAUAAAUUUGGCACAUGUGUACUUUGCUCAAGGGAAUUAUACACUUGCUGUAAAGAUGUAUCAGAAUUGCUUGCGGAAAUUUUACUACAAUACAGAGAGUCAACUUUUUCUGUAUCUAGCCCGGACUCAUUAUGAAGCUGAACAGUGGCAGGAUAGCAAGCGGACGCUACUCAGAGCCAUUCGUUUGUCACCUUCGAAUUAUACACUUAGAUUUAAUCUUGGUGUUGUGAUGCAAAAGUUUUCAGCAUCCUUGCUGAAUAAGGAAAAGAGAUCUGCUGAUGAGAUGCGCACAACAGUUUCGGAGCUGGAGAUUGCUAUUAGUGUGUUUGGGCAGCUCGCUGUGGGUUUUAAUCAGAAUAUUCAUGGAAUUGAUGAGAAGAAGAUUGAGACACAUGUUAGCUAUUGCAAGCACUUGCUGGAUGUUGCAAAAGUUUAUAGGGAGGCUGCUGAACUCGAGGAGCAGCAGAGCCGGCAGAGGCUAGAGCUUGCUCGUCAAGUCACAUUAGCUGAGGAAGCCCGCCGUAAGGCUGAAGAACAGCAGAGACUUCAGAUGGAAAAGAGAAAACAAGAAGAAGAACUGAAACGAGUUAAGGAAAUGGAAGAGCGUUUUGAACGUGUCAAGGAGCAACUGAAGAGCAGCAGUCAACCAUCCAAGCGGAAGGAAAGAGCUCAAAGUGAAGAUGAGGAUGGUGAGCAUAGUGAGAAGAAGAGGAGGAAAGGGGGAAAGAAGAAGAGGAAGGACAAGCACGAGAAAUCACAUUAUGAGACCGAGGAAGUCGAAGCUGACAGAGGGGAGUUUCAAGAAGAUAUGGAUGAACAACACAAUGAUUACGAGGAACCCACUAAUCAGCUCAAUACAGUGUAUGAUGAUGAGGAGGAAGACAUGGCUCAAGAUCCCCGUGCUGCAGCUGGGCUUGAAGAUUCAGAUGUAGAGGAUGAAAUGGGUGCACCUACAACUGCAAGUCGGCGGAAGCAGACUUGGGAAUCUGAUGAAGAUGAACCCGUAUAUAGGCCCGAAGAUUCAAGCUCAUUAAGAGAGAACAAUGCUCACCAACAGGAGACUGGAACCGUAAGAGAUGAUGAAAACGUAAAUAAUGUCGAGGCUGAUGAUGAUAUCGAUUGAUUUUUGAACGAACGCAAGCCUCCCAAAUGGUAUUGGUGGCGUGCAAAGGUUUCUUCGGGCCAGAUAGCGGGUGGCCCGUGAGGCCUCGAGUGCAAAUUAAGUUGCACUUCCAGUAAAGUUCGUACCGAUUUUCGGGGCGGGCUGGCGGGUGCAUGUACCCUUAGAUUUUGUAUAAAAUUUGUCUUAGUUUUUUUUUUCUUUUUUUGUAGGUGUUAGGUUAUUCAUACAAGAUUGGAGUUGUUUAAGAUUCUGGUGCCCAAUCUGUUUUUGUACAUUUCUUUUUCUGGGAAGUCCUUGGUCAAUUUUUUUUUUUCUGUAUCAAGCUGUUCUAAUUUACUUACUUUCUGGUGGAUAUUGUAGAAUACACUUCAGUUGGCUAGCAAUUGUUAUUGUUAUUUAUUUAUUUAUUAAUUAUUAUUAUUAUUAUUAUGUA